GUCCCGCGCGCACCGGCUGCUGCCCGACGGAGCGGGACGGCGCGCUGCAGGCGCGCGCUGGGCAGCCGCUGGGUGCACCGGGAGGCAGCCGCGCUCGCACCUACCCGCGCGCCGCGCCGGCAGAGCAGCAGCCCGCGCGCCGCGCUCCGCACCAUGCCCCGUACGCCGCUCCUGCGGCUGCUGCUGGCGCUCUCCGCCGCCGCGGCGGGGGCCGGCGCGCCCGGGCCGGCGCUGCCGCCCAUCACGGGGGACGCCACCCUGGCCGUAGUCUUCGACGUCACCGGCUCCAUGUGGGACGACCUGAUGCAGGUGAUCGACGGCGCCUCGCGCAUCCUGGAGCGCAGCCUGAGCCGCCGCAGCCAGGUCAUCGCCAACUACGCGCUGGUGCCCUUCCACGACCCAGAUAUUGGCCCGGUGACCCUCACGUCAGACCCCGCCGUGUUUCAGAGGGAGCUGAGAGAGCUCUACGUGCAGGGAGGCGGUGACUGCCCGGAGAUGAGCAUAGGGGCCAUCAAAGCUGCUGUGGAGGUCUCCAACCCCGGCUCCUUCAUCUACGUCUUCUCAGACGCGCGUGCCAAGGACUACCACCUGAAGGAGGAGGUGCUGCGGCUCCUGCAGCUUAAACAGGCACAGGUGGUCUUCGUGCUGACGGGGGACUGUGAUGACCGCACUCAUCCCGGCUACCUGGCCUAUGAGGAGAUCGCUGCCACCAGCUCGGGGCAGAUUUUCCACCUGGACAAGCAGCAGGUGACCGAGGUACUGAAUUGGGUGGAGUCAGCGAUCCAGGCCUCUAAGGUGCACCUGCUGUCCACAGACCAUGAGGAGGAGGGUGAGCACACGUGGAGGAUCCCCUUUGACCCCAGCCUGAAGGAGGUCACCAUCUCCCUGAGCGGCCCGGGGCCUGAGAUCGAAGUCCGAGACCCGCUGGGGAGGAUCCUGCAGAAGGACGAGGGCCUCAAUGUUCUCCUCAACAUCCCUGACUCAGCCAAGGUCGUGGCCUUUAAGCCUGAGCAUCCGGGGCUCUGGUCCAUCAAGAUCUACAGCAGCGGCCGCCACUCGGUGAGGAUCACAGGCAUCAGCAACAUUGACUUCCGAGCCGGCUUCUCCACUCAGCCCUCCCUGGACCUCAACCACACCAUCGAGUGGCCCCUGCAAGGGAUACCCAUCUCCCUGGUGAUCAACUCCACGGGCCUGCAGGCACCUGGGUCCCUGGAUUCGGUGGAGCUCUCACACGGUUCAGGGCAGCCCCUCCAGACUCUGCCCACAUGGCCCCUCUCCAACGGGUCCACGCAUCAGCUGUGGGGUGGGCCACCCUUCCACGCCCCCCAGGAACGCUUCUACCUCAAGGUGAAGGGCAAGGACCAUGAGGGGAAUCCGCUCCUCCGUGUCUCCGGAGUUUCCUACAGUGGGGUGGCCCCAGGUGCCCCCCUGGUCAGCAUGCCCCCCAGAAUCCAUGGCUACCUGCACCAGCCCCUGCUGGUCUCCUGCUCCGUGCACAGCGCCCUCCCGUUCCGGCUACAGCUGCGGCGGGACGGAGCCAGGCUGGGCGAGGAGAGGCACUUUUGGGAGUCAGGAAACAGCAGCUGGGAGAUCCCACGGGCCUCGAGGGCCGAGGCGGGCACGUACGAGUGCACGGCAAUCAGCAGGGCCGGGGCCGGACGAGCCAAGGCCCAGAUCGUCGUCACAGACCCUCCACCCCAGCUGGUCCCCGCCGCCAACGUGACUGUGUCCCCGGGGGAGACUGCCGUCCUGUCCUGCCGGGUCCUGAGUGAGGUGCCCUACAACCUGACGUGGAUCCGGGACUGGCGAGUCCUAUCGUCCUCGACGGGCAGAGUCACCCAGCUGGCUGACCUGUCCCUGGAGGUCAGUGGCAUCAUCCCCAGUGACAGCGGGAGGUACCAGUGCAUGGCCAGCAAUGCCAACGGAGUCACCAGGACGUCCGUCUGGCUCCUGGUGCGAGAGGCUCUGCAGAUUGGCAUCCACACCAGGUCCCAGCGCUUCUCCCAGGGCACAGAGGUGAGAGUCAGCUGCUCAGCCUCAGGGUACCCCACGCCCCACAUCUCCUGGAGCCGUGAGGGCCACGCCUUGCAGGAGGACAGCAGAAUCCGUGUGGAUGCCCAGGGAACCCUGAUCAUUCAGGAAGUGGCCCCAGAGGAUGCUGGGAAUUACAGCUGCCAGGCUGUUAAUGAGGUCGGCACAGACGAGGAGACGGUCACCCUCUACUAUACAGAUCCGCCGGCAGUCACCCCCGCCAGUGCCCUGGUGCUCGCCACAGUCGGGGAGGAGGCUGUGCUGGUGUGUGAGGCGUCUGGGGUGCCCCGGCCCCGGGUCAUCUGGUAUCGAGGGAAUCUUGAGAUGAUUCUGGCUCCCGAGGGCUCCGGCGCUGGGAUGCUGCGGAUCCCAGUGGCCCAGGAGAGGGAUGCUGGCAUCUACACCUGCCGAGCUGUCAAUGAGUUGGGCGAUGCCUCGGCGGAAAUCCGGCUGGAGGUUGGACAUGCACCCCAGCUGGUGGAGCUGCCCCAGAACGUCACCGUGGAGCUAGGAAGGAGCGCCCUGCUGGCAUGCCGGGUUAUGGGACGCCCUGCCCCGACGGUCACCUGGCGCCGUGGAGACAGCCAGCCCCUGGAGGCUGGGCGGGGCAGCAGGACUGGGCAGCCCCAUUCAGGAGUGCUGUUCUUUGAAAGUGUGGUCCCUGAAGACCAGGCUCCCUACGUCUGUGAGGCUCGCAAUGUCUUUGGGGAGGUCCAGGCAGAGGUGCAGCUGGUGGUGACUGGCCACGGCCCCCCCCAGAUCGCCAGCAGUGCCCCCACCGUCCGGGUGCUGGAGGGGCAGCCCGUGUCCCUGCCCUGCGUCAUCCUGGCUGGGAGACCCCGCCCGGAGAGGCGCUGGCUCAAAGCUGGCCUGCCCCUGCCACCUGGAAGCCGCCAUUCUGUCCGAAUGGACGGUAGCCUCCACCUUGACCGGGCCCUGCGCGAGGACGCGGGGAGGUACCGCUGUGAGGUCACCAACACGGCCGGCUCUCAGCACAGAGACGUGGAGCUGGUUGUGCAGGUGCCACCUAGAAUCCAAACCACUGCCACCCACCACAUCACCAACGAAGGGGUUCCAGUCUCUCUCCCCUGUGUGGCUGCAGGAAGUCCCACCCCCACCAUCACCUGGACCAAGGAAACCAAUGCCCUGACCUCCAGAGGACCCCACUACAACGUGAGCAAGGAUGGCACCCUGUUCAUCACCAAGCCGUCUGCCCAGGAUGCAGGGGCCUAUGUUUGCACAGCCACCAAUGCUGUGGGCUUCUCCAGCCAGGAGAUGCGGCUUUCUGUCAACACCGAGCCCAGGAUUCAUGUGAACGGGUCACAUGGUGCAGACAAGCCUCUGAGAGUCACAGCCAAGGUCGGUGACGAGGUGACCUUGGACUGCGAGGCCCAGGGCUCCCCACCCCCACUGAUCACCUGGACCAAGGACUCCCGCCCUGUGCCGCCCAUCACGGACAGGCAUCACCUCCUCCCGUCGGGCGCUCUGCGUCUGGCCCAGGCCCAGGUUGAUGACGGCGGCCUCUACAAAUGCAGAGCCAGUAACCCCGCGGGAUCUGCCUCUCAGCACUAUAGCCUCCGGGUGCAAGUGCCCCCCCAGGUGCAGCCGGGCCCGGGGGUCCUGAAGGUGCUGGCGGGAGAGGCUCUGGACCUGAACUGCGUGGCUGAGGGCAGCCCGAAGCCCCGGCUGCACUGGGCCAAGGAUGGCGUGGCCCUGCGGGGCAGGGGGCCCGAGGGCUCUAUCCACUUUGCAGCCAUCCAGACCUCCGACGCCGGGCUGUACCGCUGUGAGGCUUCCAGCAGCGCUGGGGUGGACGCCUGGGAACUGGAGCUCCGGGUGCUGGAGCCUCCGUACUGGGGGACCGAUGAGACAAGUGGCCUGCUAGAGAGAGUGGCGGGAGAGAACGCCAGCCUGCCGUGCCCUGCCAGAGGGACGCCCAAGCCCCAGGUCACGUGGCGGAAGGGCCCGUCCUCAGAGCCCCUGCGUGACCGGCCGGGCCUGGUGGUGCUGGAUGACGGUUCUCUGUUCCUGGCCACGGUCUCUCCCACCGACGGUGGAGACUACUGGUGCCAGGCCACCAACGAGGCGGGCUCUGUGUCCAGAAGAGCUGAACUGGCGGUCCACGUGCCCCCUAGCAUCGGGGAGGACAGGCGCAGGGCCAACGUGUCAGGCAUGGCGGGGCAGUCCCUGACGCUGGAGUGUGACGCAAAUGGCUUUCCAGCCCCCGAGAUCGUGUGGCUCAAGAAUGGGCAGCCGAUCCCAGAAGCAGACAGCCGCCGCCUCCUAGAUGGGGCUCGGGCCCUCCACUUCCCCAGGAUCCAGGAGGGUGAUGCUGGCCUCUACUCCUGCCGGGCGGAGAACCAGGCUGGGACGGCUCAGAGAGACUUCAAUCUCCUCGUGCUCAUUCCCCCUUUCGUACUUGGAGCCGGGGCUGCCCAGGAGGUGCUGGGCCUGGCUAGUGAGGAGGUGGAGCUGGAAUGCCAGACCUCAGGGGUCCCCACGCCCCAAGUGGAAUGGACCAAGGAUGGGCAGCCUGUCCCGCUGGGGGACCCUCACGUCCAGCUCCAGGACGGUGGCCAGGUGCUCAGAAUCCCCAGCAGUCACCUGGGGGACGAAGGGCGGUACCAGUGUGUGGCCUUCAGUCCAGCCGGCCAGCAAGCCAAGGACUUCCAGCUCAGAGUGCACUCAUCUCCCACCAUCUGGGGCUCCAACGAGACCAGUGAGGUGGCUGUCAUGGAGGGCCACCCAGUGCGGUUCCUGUGCGAGGCCCGAGGAGUGCCUGCUCCUGACAUCACCUGGUUCAAGGACGGGGCCCCCCUCCCUCCCAGCACCGAGGCCGUCUACACCAGGGGUGGCCGGCAGCUGCAGCUGGGGAGAGCCCAGGGCUCGGAUGCCGGCGUCUACACCUGCAAGGCCAGCAAUCCUGCGGGGACCACAGAGAAGGCCACCCGGCUGGAGGUGUAUGUCCCACCUACUAUUGAGGGCACUGGCAGAGGGCCUCGUAGGGUGAAGGCCAUAGCCGGGAGGCCCUUGGCACUGGAGUGUGUGGCCAGAGGCCACCCACCCCCGACCCUCUCCUGGCACCACGAGGGGCUGCCGGUGGUGGAGAGCAACGGGACGUGGCUGGAGGCGGGCGGCAGCGUGCUGAGCCUGGAGAGCCUGGGGGCGGCAUCCGGAGGCCUGUACAGCUGUGUGGCCAGUGGGCCCGCCGGGGAGGCCGUGCGGCAGUACUCCGUGGAGGUGCAGGUGCCUCCGCAGCUCCUGGUGGCUGAAGGCUUGGGACAGGUGACCACCCUGGUGGGACAGACCCUGGAACUUCCCUGCCAGGCCUCAGGAGCUCCAGUGCCCACAAUCCAGUGGCUGCAGAACGGCCGCCCAGCCGAGGAGCUGGCUGGGGUGCGGGUGGCCUCGCAGGGGGCUACCCUGCACAUCGACCGCGUGGAGCUGGGCCAUGCGGGCCUCUUUGCCUGCCAGGCCACAAACGAGGCAGGCACUGCUGGGGCCGAGGUGGAGCUGUCUGUGCAUGAGCUCCCAUCGGUGGCCAUCACUGGGGGUGAGAACAUCACAGCCCCUUUCCUGCAGCCUGUGACCCUCCAGUGUGUAGGUACUGGGGUGCCCACACCGAGCCUCCGCUGGUGGAAGGAUGGGGUGGCCCUGGUGGCCUCGAGAGGGAACCUGCAGAUUGAGAAGGUGGAUCUGAAGGAUGAAGGCGUCUACACUUGUGCCGCCACUAACCUGGCCGGGGAGAGCAAGAGGACUGUGGCUCUCAAGGUUUUGGUGCCCCCCAACAUCGAGCCAGGCCCACUCAGCAAAGCAGUGCUGGAAAAUGCCUCAGUAACCCUGGAGUGUCUGGCUUCGGGUGUGCCACCUCCUGAUGUUUCUUGGUUCAAGGGCCGCCAGCCCAUUUCUUCCCAGAAGGGAGUGGUGGUGUCAGCUGACGGGAGAGCUCUCCACGUCGCGCGAGCCCAGUUUUCUGAUUCGGGGAGCUACCGCUGUGUGGCCUCCAAUGUGGCGGGCAGCACAGAGCGGCAGUAUGGUCUGCGGGUCAAUGUGCCUCCGCGCAUCACACUGCCGCCCAGCCUGCCAGGCCCCGUGCUGCUCAACGCCCCCGUUCGGCUGACCUGUAACGCCACCGGAGCCCCCAGCCCCACACUGAUGUGGCUGAAGGAUGGAAACCCCGUGUCCACUGCAGGGACCUCCGGCCUCCAGGUGUUCCCUGGGGGCAGGGUCCUCACCCUGGCCAGUGCCCGGGCCUCAGACGCUGGCAGCUACUCCUGUGUGGCCGUGAGUGCAGUGGGCGAGGACCGCCGGGACGUCUUCCUGCACAUCCACAUGCCUCCAAGCGUCCUCGGAGAAGAACUGAACGUAUCUGUUGUGGCCAACGAGUCUGUGGUCCUGGAGUGCCAGGGCCAUGCCAUGCCCCCUCCCGUGCUGAGCUGGCGGAAGGACGGCCACCCCCUGGAGCCGAGGCCCGGUGUCCGCCUCUCUGCAGACAAGGCCUUGCUGGAGGUGGACAGAGCAGAGGUGAGGGAUGCAGGCCGCUAUACCUGUGAGGCGCUGGACCGGGCGGGCCGCUCAGAGAAACACUACGACCUGAACGUCUGGGUCCCUCCAGCGUUCCCCUCGCCGGAGCCCAGCACCCUGACCGUGACCAAGGGGCACCCUGCCAGGCUGUCCUGCGAGUGUCGGGGAAUCCCCUUCCCCAGGAUCUCCUGGAGAAAGGACGGUCAGCCCCUGCCCAAGGAGGGGCCCGGCCUUGAGCAGGUGUCGGCUGUGGGGCGGCUGCUAUACCUGGGACAGGCCCAGCCAGCCCAGGAGGGAACGUACACCUGCGAAUGCAGCAACGUGGCAGGAAAUAGCAGCCAGGACCAGCAGCUGGAGGUGCAUGUUCCCGCUCAAAUCACCAGCCCGCAGGAGCCCCACACACAGGUCUCCGUGGUCCAGGACGGGGAGGCCACUCUGCAGUGCGAUGCCACAGGGAAGCCCCCGCCCGGGGUGACGUGGGAGCGGGACGGCCAGCCGGUGGGGCCCCAGCCUGGCCUGCGGCUGAAGGACCAGGGUCGGAAACUGCAUGUGGAGCGGGCUCAGGCUGCCCACGCUGGACACUACAGCUGCGUGGCCGAGAACGUGGCCGGGAGGGCGGAGAGGAGGUUUGCGCUCUCCGUGCUGGUUCCCCCAGAGCUCAUCGGAGACUUGGACCCUCUGACCAAUGUCACUGCUGCCUUGAACAGCCCCUUGACGCUGCUCUGUGAAACCACAGGCAUCCCACCCCCCAGGGUCCUCUGGUUCCGAGGGGAAGAGCCCAUCAGCCCUGGGGAGGGCACCUACCUCUUGGCAGGUGGCUGGAUGCUGAAGAUGACUCGGGCACAGGAGCGAGACAGGGGCCUCUACUCAUGCCUGGCAAGCAACGAGGCCGGCGAGGCACGGAGGAACUUCAGCGUGGAGGUCCUGGUUCCUCCCAGUAUCGAGAAUGGGGACGUGGAGGAGGCAGUCAAGGUCCCCGAGGGGCAGACAGCCCGCCUGAUGUGCAAUGCCACAGGCCACCCACAGCCCAAGGUCACAUGGUUCAAAGACAGCCGGCGCCUGGCUGCCGGGGACGCCCACCUCAUCUCUCCAGACGGAGCCCUCCUGCAGGUCCUCCGGGCCAACCUGUCAAGUGCCGGCCACUACUCCUGCAUCGCAGCCAAUGCCGCGGGGGAGAAGACCAAACACUUGCAGCUAAGCGUCCUGGUGGUUCCCACCAUCCUGGGAGCGACUGAGGACAGUGCAGAUGAGGAGGUGACUGUGACCAUCAGCAACCCCAUUUCUCUGAUCUGCGAGGCGCUGGCCUUCCCCUCCCCCACCGUCACCUGGAUGAAGGAUGGGGCCCCGUUUGAGCCCUCAAACAACAUCCAGCUGCUCCCAGGCACCCAUGGGCUGCAGAUCCUAAAUGCCCAGAAGGAAGAUGCGGGCCAGUACACCUGUGUGGUCACCAACGAGCUUGGGGAGGCUGUGAAGAACUACCACGUGGAAGUCCUCAUACCCCCUUCCAUCUCCAAAGACGACCCCUCGGGGGAGGUCAGCAUGAAGGAAGUGAAGACCAAGGUCAACAGUACCUUGACCCUGGAGUGUGAGUGCUGGGCUGUGCCCCCGCCCACCAUCAGCUGGUACAAGGAUGGCCGGCCCGUGGCCCCCAACGAGCGGCUCCACCUCCUGGGUGAAGGGCGGCUGCUCCAGAUCCGGCCCACACAGGUCGCGGAUUCAGGGCGAUACCUGUGUGUGGCCACCAACGUGGCUGGCGAGGAUGACCAGGACUUCAACGUGCUCAUCCAGGUGCCCCCCAUGUUCCAGAAGGUGGGUAAUGCCAGUGCAGACUUCGAGAUGCUGUCCCAGGAGGAAGAGGCCCGGGGUGGAGUGAUGGAAUACCGCGAGAUCGUGGAGAACAACCCCACCUACCUGUACUGUGACCCUGAUUCAGUCCCACCCCCGGAGCUCACCUGGUACAGGGAGGACCAGCCCCUCUUGGCCACCGAUGGGAUGUCUGUUCUGCAAGGAGGGCGGGUCCUGCAGAUCCCCCAGGUACGGGUGGAGGAUGCCGGGAGGUACUCGUGCAAGGCCUCCAAUGAGGUGGGCGAGGACUGGCUGCACUACGAGCUGCAGGUGCUGACCCCGCCUGUGAUCCUGGGGGACACCGAGGAGCUGGUGGAGGAGGUGACAGUCAAUGCCAACAGCACCAUCAACCUACAGUGCCCGGCCCUGGGCAACCCCCUGCCCACCAUCUCGUGGCUCCAGAACGGGCUGCCUGUCUUCCCGAGCCCGUGGCUGCAGGUCCUGGAGGACGGACAGCUCUUGCAGGUUUCCACUGCGGAGGUGGCUGACGCUGACAGCUACAUGUGUGUGGCCGAGAACCCGGCAGGCUCUGCGGAGAAGCUCUUCACCCUCAGGGUGCAAGUCCCACCACGAAUCACAGGUCUGAACUCGGAGCAGGUCACUGCCAUCCUCAAUAGCAGCGUCUCCCUCCCCUGUGAUGUCCACGCUCACCCAAGCCCUGAGGUCGCUUGGUAUAAGGACGGCCAGGCCCUCUCCUUGGGAGAAGGGGUCUUCUUCCUACCUGGUACCCACACACUGCAGCUGGCACGAGCACAGCCAUCGGAUUCUGGGAUGUACAUGUGUGAGGCCCUCAAUGCCGCCGGCCGAGACCAGAAGCUGGUGCAGCUUAGCGUGCUCGCUCCCCCCACCUUCAGGCAGCCCUCGAGGGGCCCCAGGAAUGUGGUCCCGGUGCGGGCUGGGGACAAGGCAGUCCUGGACUGCGAGACAGACUCGAUCCCUGAGCCGGUUGUGACCUGGUACAAGGACGGGCAGCCCCUGGUCCUAGCACAGCGGACCCCAUCUCUGCCAGGGGGUCAGAGGCUAGAGAUCCAAGACACCCAGGUCUCAGAUAAAGGUUUAUACAGCUGUAAAGUCAGCAAUGCAGCUGGGGAGGCCAUGCGGACAUUUGUCCUCAGUGUCCAGGUGCCCCCAACAUUUGAAAACCCCAAGACAGAGACAGUGAGCCAGGUGGCUGGGAGCCCCCUGGUGCUGAGCUGCGACGUGACCGGGGUCCCUGCACCUACUGUCACUUGGCUGAAGGACAGAAUGCCUGUUGAGAGCAGCGUGGCACACGGUGUCGUCUCUCGGGGGGGCCGUCUCCAGCUGAGUCGCCUGCAGCCAGGGCAGGCUGGCACCUACACGUGCAUGGCUGAGAACACCCAAGCCGAGGCCCGCAAGGACUUUGUGGUGGCCGUGCUAGUGGCUCCCCAGAUCCGGAGCUCAGGCACCACGCAGGAGCACAGCAUCCUGGAGGGGCAGGAGGUGCGGCUGGACUGCGAGGCUGACGGGCAGCCACCCCCCGACGUGGCCUGGCUGAAGGACGGUGGCCCACUGGGCCAGGGCAUGGGCCCCCACCUCCGGUUCUACCUGGAUGGCAGCUCCCUGGUGCUGAAGGGCCUGAGGGCCUCCGACUCGGGUGCCUACACCUGCCUGGCCCACAACGCAGCUGGAGAGGAUGCCAGGCUGCACAGUGUGAAUGUGCUGGUUCCUCCCACCAUCGAGCAGGGGACAGAGGGCAUGGGGAUCCUGGUGAGCCAGCCUGGGGAGCUGGUGACCAUGGCAUGCCCCGUCCGGGGCUCCCCACCCAUCCACGUGAGCUGGCUCAAGGACGGCCUGCCCCUCCCGCUCUCCCAGCGCACCCGCCUGCACGGCUCUGGCCGCACCCUCAGGAUCUCCCAGGUGCAGUUGGCAGAUUCUGGCAUCUUCACCUGUGUGGCUGCAAGCCCAGCUGGCGUGGCUGACAGAAACUUCACCUUGCAGGUGCAUGUGCCCCCAGUCCUGGAGCCCGUGGAGUUCCAGAAUGACGUGGCAGUGGUCCGGGGCUCCCCGGUGGUCCUCCCCUGUGAAGCCCAGGGCAGCCCCCCGCCCCAAGUGUCAUGGAUGAAGGAUGGUGAACCCUUGUUCCAGGGCCUCGAACAGGGGCCCAGCCUGCAGCUGCAGACGGUGGGAGCUGGUGACUCAGGGACCUACUCCUGCGUGGCCGUGAGCGAGGCGGGGGAAGCGAGAAGGCAGUUCCGGCUGUCGGUGAUGGAUCCCCCCCAUAUCGAGGACUCGGACCAGACUGCAGAGCUGUCACUGACCCCUGGCACCCCCUUGGAGCUCCACUGCGAUGCCCAGGGCACCCCCCAACCCAACAUCACCUGGCAUAAAGACGGGCAAGCCCUGAGCAGGCCUGAGGACAGCAACAGGGCCGGGCGGGCCCUCCGGGUGGAGGGCGUGCAGGUGGGCGAUGCUGGGCUAUACACUUGCCUGGCCCAGAGUCCUGCUGGCCAAGUCGAAAAGAGCUUCCGGGUCAGAGUUCAAGCCCCCCCGCAUGUCAUUGGGCCCCGAGGCCCCCGCUCUGUGGUUGGCCUGGCCCCGGGGCAGCUGGUUCUGGAGUGCUCAGUGGAAGCAGAGCCAGCGCCUGAGAUCGAGUGGCACCGAGACGGCGUCCUGCUGCAGGCGGAUGCCCACACCCAGUUCCCAGAGCAAGGCAGGUUCCUCCAGCUGCAGGCCCUGAGCACAGCCGACAGCGGCGACUACAGCUGCAUAGCCCGCAAUGCCGCGGGCAGCACCAGUGUGGCCUUCCGCGUGGAGAUCCACACGGUGCCCACCAUCCGGCCGGGACCACCUGCAGUGAAUGCCUCUGUGAGCCAGACGGCCCUGCUGCCCUGCCAAGCGGAUGGGGCCCCACCACCCCUUGUGAGCUGGCAGAAGGAUGGGGCCCCACUGGAUCCUGGGAGCCCCAGGUUGCAGGUUCUGCCCGAGGGUUCCCUGAGGAUCCAGCCAGUCCUUGCCCAGGAUGCUGGCCACUACUACUGCCUGGCAUCCAACUCUGCGGGCUCCGAUCGGCAGGGCCGUGAGCUCCAAGUCUUUGAGCCUCCAGCCAUUGCCCCCAGCCCCUCCAACCUGACCCUGACUGCCCACACCCCCGCCUUGCUUCCCUGUGAGGCCAGCGGCUCCCCCAGGCCCCGCGUGGUCUGGUGGAAGGACAGACAGAAGCUGGACUUCCGCUUGCAGCAGGGUGCCUACAGGCUCCUGCCCUCCGACGCCCUGCUCCUCACAGCCCCCGGCCUCCAGGACUCAGCCCAGUUUGAGUGUGUGGCAAGCAAUGAGGUGGGCGAGGCCCGCAGGCUCUACAGGGUGACCGUCCAUGUGCCUCCCACCAUCGCUGACGACCAGACAGACUUCACUGUGACCAAGAUGGCACCCGUGGUCCUCACCUGCCACAGCACAGGCGUGCCGGCCCCCGUUGUGUCCUGGAGCAAGGCGGGCACCCAGCUGGGGGUGCGAGGGAGCGGCUAUCGUGUCUCACCUUCAGGAGCCCUGGAGAUUGGGCAGGCCCUCCCCAUCCACACUGGGCGCUACACCUGCACAGCCCGCAACUCCGUGGGCAUGGCCCACAAGCAGGUGGUCCUCACUGUGCAAGCCGCCCCUGUGGUGAAACCACUGCCCAGCGUGGUUCGGGUGGUCGUGGCAGAAGAGGUGCGACUGCCUUGCGAGGCCUCAGGCCUUCCCCGGCCAAGCGUCACCUGGCAGAAGGAGGGGCUCAGCGUCCCUGCAGGUCCAGGAGUGAGUACGCAGGUCCUAGCCAGCGGACAGCUGCGGAUUAUCCAUGCCAGCCCAGAGGAUGCUGGCAACUAUUUCUGCAUUGCCCAGAACAGCGUGGGCAGUGCUGUGGGGAAAACGAGGCUGGUGGUGCAAGUCCCACCCUCAAUCGAGACUGGCCUCCCUGACCUGUCCGCCACUGAGGGCACCCACGCCCUCCUGCCCUGCACGGCCAGAGGCAGUCCUGAGCCCCACAUCACCUGGGAAAAAGAUGGCCAGCCUGUGUCUGGAGCUGAGGGGAAGUUCACCGUCCUGCCUUCCGGGGAGCUACUGGUUAAGAACUCAGAGAGACGGGAUGCUGGAACCUACAUCUGCACGGCUGAGAACCCCGUGGGCCGCACCCGCCGCCGCACGCACCUCACCAUCCUGGCGCUGCCCGUCUUCACCACCCUGCCUGGGGACCGAAGCCUGCACCUCGGGGACAGGCUGUGGCUUCGUUGUGCUGCCCGGGGCAGCCCCACCCCCCGCAUUGGCUGGACCAUCAACGACCGGCCAGUCACAGAAGGGGUGUCUGAACAGGACGGGGGCAGCACACUGCAGCGGGUGGCCGUCACCAGAGAGGACAGCGGGACCUACGUCUGCUGGGCGGAGAACAGAGUGGGCCGCGUGCAGACAGUCAGCUUCAUCCACGUGAAGGAGGCUCCCGUCCUAGAAGGGGAGGCCUUCUCCUACCUGGUGGAACCCGUGGGGGGCAGCGUCCGGCUGGACUGUGUGGUCCGUGGAAACCCAACGCCUGACAUUCGUUGGAUCAAAGAUGGCCUCCCGCUGCGGAGCACCCACCUCCGACACCAGCUGCAGAACGGCUCGCUGACCAUCCGCAGGACCGAGAUGGAUGACGCAGGACAGUACCAGUGUCUGGCGGAGAAUGAGAUGGGCGCCACAGAGAAAGUGGUGAUGCUCGUGCUGCAGAGUGCCCCCAUAUUCCAAGUGGAGCCCCAGGACGUGACAGUGAGAUCCGGGGAUGAUGUGGCCCUGCAGUGCCAGGCCAAAGGAGAGCCGGAGCCCACGGUGGAGUGGCUGCAGGCCGGCCAGCCCUUGCGGGCCAGCCGGCGGCUCCGGACCCUGCCUGAUGGGAGCCUGUGGCUCCAGCGAGCGGAGGCUGGGGACACAGGCACAUAUGAGUGCGUCGCUCACAACCUCCUGGGCUCUGCCACAGCCCAGGCGUUCCUGGCCGUGAGAGGGGAGCCCCGGGGGAGCCGGGGCAAUAUGACCGGGGUGAUCAAUGGCCAUGAACUUGGGGCGGCCACCCUCAACACCAGCGUACAACGGGAGGCGCGGUCCGGGGUCACCGCCAUCCGGAGCAGCAUCAGCCACAUCCCUGCAAGUGUGGGGCCUCUGAUGCGUGUGCUCGUGGUCACCAUCGCCCCCAUCUACUGGACCCUGGCCGGAGAGAGUGGAGAUGCCCUGAACGGCCACUCCCUGACAGGUGGCAGGUUUCGGCAGGAGUCACACGUGGAGUUUGCCACAGGGGAGCUGCUCAGGAUGACGCAGGUGGCCCGGGGCCUGGAUCCCGACGGCUUUCUGCUCCUCGAUGUGGUGGUCAGUGGCGUCGUCCCCAAGAGCCUGGCUGACACAGACCUUCAAGUGCAGGACUUCCAGGAGCAAUAUGUGCAGGUGGGGCCCGGCCGGCUCUUUGUAGGCUCCACACAGCACUUCCUGCAAGACAGCCUCCCUGGGCUGCUGCUCUGCAACCACAGCAUCCAGUACGACGUGGCCCAGGGCCCCCAGCCACAGCUGGUGCAGCACCUGCACGCGUCAGGCAUCAGCUCGGCCUUUGACCCCAAGGCCGAGGCCCUGCGCUUCCAGCUCACCACAGCCCUGCAAGCUGAAGAGAAUGAAGAUAGCUGCCCAGAGGGUUUUGAGCUGGACACCCAGGGAGAGUUUUGUGUGGACAGGGAUGAGUGCUCUGGCGGCCCCAGCCCCUGCUCCCACUCCUGCCACAAUGCGCCUGGCCGCUUCUCCUGCUCCUGUCCGGCUGGCUUCGCCCUGGCCAGGGACGGCAGGAGCUGCAGAGAUGUGGAUGAGUGUGCAUGGGAUGCCCACCUUUGCCAAGAAGGACAGCGCUGCGUGAACCUGCUUGGGACCUACCACUGCCUCCCGGAUUGCAGGCCUGGCUUCCGGGUGGCUGCUGACGGGGCCAGCUGUGAAGAUGUGGACGAGUGUCUGGAGCAGGUGCACGACUGUCACUACAACCAGAUCUGUGAGAACACUUCAGGCGGGCACCGCUGCGGCUGCCCCAGGGGCUACCGGAUCCAGGGCCCGGGCCUGCCCUGCCUAGAUAUCAACGAGUGCCUCCAACUGCCCAGGGCCUGCGCCUACCAGUGCCACAAUCUGCAGGGUGGCUACCGCUGCCUGUGCCCACCGGGCCAGGCCCUCUCUCGCGACGGCAGGACCUGCACCCCGCUGGAGUGGAGUGGACGAAAUGUGACCACCAUCAGCCACCGGGGCCCCUUGGUGCCCUGGCUGCGGUCGCGUGUCCCCAUCCCCAGUGGCUCCUACCGUGCCUGGGUCUCCCUCCGGCCAGGCCUUAGAGCCCUGAGCGGUGCAGGCCGGGCCUGGUGCCCCCUUGGCUUCAUCCGGCAGAGCGGCGUCUGCUCAGACCUGGACGAGUGCCGGGUGAGGAACCUGUGCCAGCACACCUGCCGAAACACUGAGGGCAGCUACCAGUGCCUCUGUCCCGCCGGCUACCGCCUCCUCCCCAGCGGGAAGAACUGCCAAGACAUCAAUGAGUGUGAGGAGGACGGCAUCGAGUGUGGGCCCAGCCAGAUGUGCUUCAACACCCGAGGCAGCUACCAGUGUGUGGACACGCCAUGUCCUGCCACCUACCGGCAGGGCUCCAGCCCAGGGACAUGCUUCCGGCGCUGCUCGCAGGACUGCGGCGCGGGCGGCCCCUCCACGCUGCAGUACAGGCUGCUCCCGCUGCCCCUGGGCGUGCGCGCCCACCACGACGUGGCCCGCCUCGCCGCCUUCUCCGAGGCCGGCGUCCCCGCCAACCGCACGGAGCUCAGCGUGCUCGAGCCCGACCCGCGCAGCCCUUUCGCGCUGCGCCGGCUGCGUGCGGGCCAAGGCGCUGUCUACACCCGCCGCGCGCUCACCCGCUCCGGCCUCUACCGGCUCACCGUGCGCGCCGCAGCGCCGCGCCACCAAAACGUCUUCGUCCUGCUCAUCAACGUGUCGCCCUACCCCUACUGAGGGGUGCGGUCGUUGACAGCAGCAUUUGGGCCAGUGACUCCCAGGGAUGGGGGACAGGGAGGAGCCGGCCCAACCCCCACGGUCCUAGUGGCCCUUACCCACACCACCUGUCCUCGCAAACAAUGUCAUCUCAUGCCUCCGUGCGUCACCAUCCCGGGCCCUUCGGCAAACAUAACCCUGCAUGCAGCCUUGACCCCAGGGCAGCUCCCCUCCACUCCCAUCCCCCUGGGGUGCAGCCCUGCAGUCAAGUAAGGCUGCCCUUAGGCGGCAAGCCUGCAAGCAGGGCUGGGGUGAAGCCUACAUGUCUGACGGGCUCCUCCAGGUUUGCCCCAAGCCCCAGAGUGGUCUGGACUGGGACACAGCUCACCAGGACGCUCGAGGGGAGGGGCAGCCUCCGUGGGGUGGCAGCAGCUAUCACCAGCCCACACCUGGCACGGUUGUCCUGAAUUCAGCAUGCGUGUGUAUGUAUAAUAUAAAAACGUUUGCUUUUAACCAA